UUAAAGGAAACCGAACCCCAUACAUAUUUACUUAAUCAGUUUACUCGCCGCAAAGUACUCUUUCAUUUGAUGCAUUGAUCACCAAAUUAGCCCUUCUAGAUCACUCUGUAGACAGCUUUUUCGAAGCAGUAAUUUAUAAUAUCCUAACGUCGUCUGCUGCCGUUGGGCGCGGCCAUUUUGUAAAUUUUGAGGCGGACCCCCUGCCGAGUUGUGACGUAGUAGGCGAAGAUCGAGCAUAUCGAUGCGAUAUGCUGGCAAACCGCGCGCGGAUUUAAUUCAUGUAUACAACGCGUUGUUUUGUUUUGAUCGGGUGCAAAUAUGGUCUACUGUCAAGCUUUCGGUUGCAAUAAUUCAACAAAUACUGGGUGUAAAAAGCAUGGAGUAAGCUUCCAUGCUAUUCCAGAUCCUCUUAAAAGGCCAGAGGAAUGUAGAAAAUGGAUUGCUGCACUCAAAGUUGAGAAAUUUGACGUCAAAACCUACAAGUUUAACAGGAGCAAUGUGGUGUGCAGCGAGCACUUCGUGGAGAGCGAUUUUGUGGAGGACCUCCAAGCAAAGUUGAUGGGAACCAAGGAAAAGAAGAGGCUGAAAGAUGGUGCCAUACCCUCAGUUUUCGAUUAUAGGCCUUUGCCUAAACGAAGAAGACUGUCAGAAGACAGGGAGGCCAAAGUGACAGCGAAAAGGUACCUGCAGUCAGUUCUGGAAGAACCUGUAUUGGAGGAAUCAGUUCCAAGCAGCAGUUCAACUUCAUCAAGUUUCAAGGCAUCUUCUUCAGUGUCCAAAUAUCCCGAGGUGCUUGACACCAAUCUUGCCUUUCAUGAGGAACCUGAUUCCAUCUCAGAUGUACAUGAUCCCACUGCUUCAGAUGUACAUCUACAAGCAAGAAGCCAUGAAAAACGUUCCAAGUCAAGGCGGCGGCGGAAACGAAAGAAGAUUUCUUCAGAUGAUGAUAAAGGAGAUCUGGUUAAAGUUCAUGUACAUGUAAGCUGCCAAACAUUCCACUCGGGUGUAAAGAUGACACAAGACAACUUUACACAAUGUCCAGAAGACUUCUCAUAUGUCACUGAUGAGCACAAGUACUCGUGUGGAAACACCCAACUCCUGAAACCAGUCAUCUCAUUCUCAGCUGUAUCACAGCCUUUUGCAGCUCAAGAGCAUAGCCAUCCGUCAACUCCAGAAGAAGAACCAGAAUUUCAACAUGUAUCUGCACAUCUCCCUUUGACAAGUCACUCCCCUACUCCAUCUGAACCCAGAUCAGCAACGUCUCAUCUGCAAGAAGUAACUGAUCAAACAGAAGAUACAACAGUCAUUCCAGCAACUCCAACAGAGCCAAUGGAUACAGCAGAUUCACCAGCCAGUCCUGUCUCAUCUGAUUUUGAAAGUAAGAAGAACUCCAGUGAUUCAUCUUAUGAACCAUCAUCCGAAGAGAGUUCUUCAUCUGACUCCGAUGAUGAUGAGCCAGAUGAGCUUAGGUUCUGCAAGGAUAGAAAAUUUGUUGUAUUUGAGUCUCAGCUGAACACCCUUCUGUAUAGUAUGCAUUGCAAUGCUUGUGCUACUGGAUACAUUGCAGAGUUGAAGAAGCAAUGUGUGGGGACAAUGCUGAAGGUAGAUGUUAUCUGUAUCUGUGGUAAUAUUGUUACCAAGUGGGUGUCUCAACCUACUAUCGGACGUCAACCUGUUGGAAAUAUCCUAUUUUCAGCAGCUCUUCUCUUGAGUGGCAGCUCCUAUGAAAAAGUGUCAUUUUUCUGGGAGCUCUUUAAUAUCCAGUACAUUUCACAAAAAACGCACAAUGAAACCCAGAGCAACAUACUACAGCCAGUCAUCAAUACGUAUUAUGAACAAGAGAUAGAAGAACAACAGCAACAAGCUAGAGGGGAGCCAGUGACGGUAAUUGGUGAUGGAAGGUGUGAUUCACCUGGCUAUAGUGCCAAAUUUUGUACAUAUACAAUGAUGAACAUGAAAACCAACAAGAUUCUGGGGAUGGCCUUGGUUUCAGUGAAAGAAGCAACAAGCUCCGUUGGAAUGGAGAAAAUUGGAUGCAGGAGAGUUAUGGAUAACUUACUAGAGAAUGGGAUUGAUGUCGCGGUGUUUGCUACAGACAGGCAUGUGGGCAUUCGCAAAAUGAUGAAGGAUGACUUUCCAUGGAUCGACCAUCAAUUCGAUGUUUGGCAUCUUGGGAAAUCAUUCCUGAAGAGGUUAUUGGCCAAGGCAAAGCUGAAGGACUGCGAAGAUCUUGGGCCUUGGAUCAGAGCAACGUCAAACCAUCUUUGGUGGUCAACACAAAACUGUGAGGAAGACCCAGUUAUGUUGGUGGAGAUGUUCCAGUCCAUGACCCAUCAUGUAUGCGAUGUACAUUCUUGGAUUUCAGGUGAUAAGUUCCACAAGUGCGCUCAUGAGGAACUGUCUGUCGAAGAUGAAGAGGAGACAAAGUGGUUGACACCUGGGUCAAAAUCACAUGAAUCUCUCAAGUCAGUCCUUUUUGACAAAAGGCUAGUAAAAGACAUAAAGCAGCUAUCAAAAUGUUGUCACACUGGGGAAUUGGAAGUGUUCCAUAGCCUCUACCUGAAGUAUUGUCCAAAGAGACAGCAUUUCUUCUAUCCCGCCAUGCUAGCUCGCACCCAGUUGGCGGUACUAGACCACAACUUCAACACUGGUAGGAAACAAGCAACAAUAAAAAAGCCAAGAAAAGGGUCCGGCCAGAAGGGUGCUCUCCGGUACAAGUAUGCCUACUCCAAAGCAACGAGAACUUGGAUCGUACGGAAGGUUCCAGAGGAUAAGGAAUACACCUACUUGUGGGACAUCUUAGUGGGUUGUCUGCAGAUGAAGAGUGGCAACUUCGAAGUUCAACCUGCUAAAAUACCACACCUUCCUCAAAACAUAGCCCCUGUCCCAAGACCACCACAAGAAGAUCUGCUCGCUCAUUUCACCUCUCGAUUUGCCAAAUAAAAGAAUGGAUCAAAGUCUCCACGGAUCGGUAGAGAUGCUACAUGUACAAGCGACAAUAUUAGGAGUGAAGAUCUACAUUUUCUGGCAUGUUAUUCAAGAGACAUUUUGAACAUGAAAUUCAUGAAAUCUCAGUUGGUUGACAAUGUCCGGAAGGGUAGGGGUGUUUAGUUGUAAUGUUGUUUGAGACCUUAGUAGAGUGAGAAUGGCUACAAAUUUUGUUUUAUUUCAAGUUAUUAGUCACUUUGAAAAAUUUUGCUUGUUUCUUUUUUUUAACAGUUAUACUUUUUUUUCAAUGGUGGAAACCAUCUAUUUACCAGUGAUAAAAACAUUGACAUUAGACAUGGUGAGCAAUUUUAAAACUACAUGUAUGGCAUGAUUAGUUUGAGGUAUGAUGAUAAUUUGUGUCAUGAGUUGCCAGUAUGUCCAUGUUACUUUGUUCGCAAAAGUGUACCAUUGAUUUUUUAACAAAAUGACAGAUAUGUGAGGACCUGAUGAAACAAAUUUUCGAUCUAUUGACAGAAUUUUAAAAUUACCAAAGUAUAGAGAAUUCACUCUGAAGAACCAGAAUGUUUUUGAUGAGGUUUCCAUGGUUGUAUGGAAAAUCACAGAAUUGGGUUACCAGUGAACAAAAAACAUCAUCGACCUUAGACAUGGUGAGCAAAUUUUAAAACUAUGGCAUGAUUAGUUUGAGGUAUGAUGAUAAUUUGUGUCAUCAUUUGGGUUAGUCAGCAACAGACUAAGAAAAUGUAGAGGUGAAAUGGAAAAGCAAGAAAGUGGAAGGUUGGAAGAAUAUCUUUCAGAAUUAGUUUACAUGUAGUCCUUAUAAAGGGACUUGAACUCACAAAGUUGAGAGUCUCUAGGAGCAUUAGAGAUGACAAAUUUCUGCAUAUAUAUUUGCGUUUGACCCAUUACAUAACUCUCUAAUCAAAUACAUGGAAAGUAAAGUUAUGAGCUUGAAAGUCUGAAGCAUGGAAACAGAUAUUAUAUUUCAGGAUUUACAUCUUGUGGUACAGACAAUCAAUGAAAUUUUAUGUUAAAAUUUCCAUGCCAAAAUUUGCAAGAAGUAGAAACAGUUUCUAGUCAGUCUCAAACUGUUUUGUGUGAUUUUUAAUAGACAGUAUAUGGUUGACUGCACUACCCAUAUUCUUUAAAAGUGUAAACAGAAGAAAUAUUGUAUAUAUGUAGGCCUAUAUAUAUGUAGUAUUUCCGUAUUUUUUUCAUUGAUGUUUUUGAAGUAUUAUUUCUGUGCAAUGUAUUACCCAUCAGUGUGAUUGCAGGGCUGUAAACUUGUUAACAUUUAGCAUGAACCCUUGAACUAUCUCCACAUAAAGAAAGGAAAUGGAUGUAUGUGAAAAAAGAAAAAGACCCACCUGGAUAUUCUGCACUAUCCUAUUUGUAGCUGGUUGUGCAUGAAUUUUUACACAAGUAUGUGUACGUGUAUUUGAGAAUUGGCAUUUUCAGUGAGAACUGAAAUGUAAGAGCAUUGAUAGUACUUGUGCAUUUACAGUAUGAGACUGCAUCGAAUUUCCCAGUUCAAAUUCAAAUUCAUUUAUUUCACAUCUCCUAGUAUAACAGUUGGUGUGUUAUACCUCAUUUCCAUCAAUGUUACAUGUAGGUCUUGUUAGCCUUAAUAGUGUUUGAGAUAAGAACUCUGAUAUAAUAGUAUUGCCCUGACAUUAGCAGGACUGAGCGAAGGGAUAUAUUUUUUUAUACUUCAAAUACAGUAAAUUAAUGAUACAUGUGCAUGUACUAAAUUUUAUUAGUAAUUUCCAUUCAUAACAUCUGGCUGAAAAACAUCAGAGUGGAACGUAAUUUGUAAAAUUAAAUGGUGACAAAUUUUGAGAUAUUGCAUUCAAGCUUAAGACAUUUGAUUUAGCACUUCAUCCAUGUGUUUGUUUUUCUUCAGAAUUCUGUUGAAAUAUGUAAAUUUUCCUAUUUUCUUCAUCAAAAGUUCUAAGCUCACAAUUCUAUAUAAAUUAAUUGUUGGCCUCAAUUACAUAAACAUAAUUCUUUGUCUCAUUCAUGUAUGAUUUUUAACACAUUGUAUAUUGUGUCAUUAUUGUACUGUUAAAAAUUGUGAAAGUUACUGGUACAUGUAAUUAUUUGCUAUAUUUACAUGUAGACUUCCUAAAAUUCAAAUCUUAUGAAAAUAUACAAGGGGGGCCAAAAUGAUUUCCAGUAGAUGUUCAUGUGUAUAACCAAUGUUUUGUCUCGUCAGAAGAUAUAUCUUCUCUGGUUCACACAGUUAGGGACAGUGAUUUUGCGUUUACUAUACUGGUAAAUCAAAACGGAAAAUCUGUUUUAUUUCCACACUUUUCAUGUGAAAAUCCAAUCAAUUUUACUUUUGCAAAACGGAUUGAACAUUUUUGCUGUGUACAUAUUCUAUGACAAAAUGGAAUUUCCAUUUUCUACCAAGUUUGAAACGGAAUUACAUGUUUUCAAAAACGGAAAAGACAAUUUUUUUAAACAGAAAAUCACUGUUCCUACAUGUGCACUGUACUUAUUCUUUUCUCAAUGGUUCAAACGAAAGCAUGACCAUGUGUGGAUAGCAUUUCAUAUUUACUUAAGCACUUUGUUCUACUUCUUGUUUGUACAAACACUGGUUUAAGGAGUUACAUACAUGUACAUAGUAAUGAGCUAAUAUUUACAUGAAUUGCGAUAUGGAUUUUGAUUAAUCAUUGUUCAUGUCGGGGUUUUUUUAGUGUUGAGUAAAGUUAUUAUGUCAUCCUUUACAUGUAUUUCACUAUGAUAUGCCCUCCAUUAGUGUUUAUUUAAUCUAAAUAAACUUAUGUUGGAUUAAUAAA